AUGGAGGGUCCACGCGUUGUUGUACUAGUAGUGCUCCUGCUCUUCAUCUUUCUCACACCCGAUCAGCCGGCUCAGCGACGGGCCUUCGUUGACGUUGAAACCCUCCAAAGCAGGCGCGAGACUGAGCUUGACGUCUUAACAAAUGGCUCCUAUGGCCAGUUCAACCCGUCAAUUGACAGUUGGCUCAAUUUGACUGGAUUUCGGAAGGGCGAUGGCUACCAAUGGGACACAUUGGCAAAGGUCCAGCAAUGGAGCCGUAACCAGUUCGAUGCUGCCUGGAAAGGACUUGAUCGCACGAAAGGGCUGCCCAUCUACGACCAAUUUUCUGGCGAAAUUCGUGGCGAUUUCAUUCAAGUCCAACCUCCUAAUAUGACGCCCCAUCUCAACUUGACAGUCCUCGACCCUAAGAAGGAGUACAUGACUGAGGUGUACGAGCGCAAUGUGACCGAGCCAAAGGGUGAACUGACUCUGUCACUGUUCGACUUGAACCCAGUGGCGAGUCAUGAAUCUUCCUCUAUCAAAGCAGAUUUUUCCAUGUGGACUGAUUCUGCUCCUGGCAAUGGUUGGCAAGCUAGGCUUCAAGGUGUUCACCUACCCUCAGGCCAAGUCAUCAUGUCCACCACCACCUCAAAAUUCGAUGCGCUCUUUGCCCUUCCCCACUUUGCCUUGGACGCGGAGACUUUCAAUUCCUCCAUUGGAGUCAUGAACCGUACGGUACACCGUGCAUGGCAAACGUCAUUAGAGGACAUGUCUGACGGUCUCGCAUUUGCUCCCCAGUGUGAGCUGAUCGUCUGGCUUCAGCCAAAACCUCAUCGAUACGAUGGUCUUGAUUCCUCUCAGACAACCAUCUUUCUUCAACAGGUGGAAAAGGAAUUGAAAACUCCCCUGGGUGCUCCUAUCGGCCAACCACCACUCCUCUCUUUCUCCGCAGUCGUCUUUUCCCCAGACUGUGGGUAUGUCUUGGAAGCAAGUUCUCUCUUCGGUCCCAAAAUCGAAGCAUACUGGACCUUGGCGCAAAGACUUGUAUUCUCGUUCGUCAUGGUCAUCGCUCUCCAGAUUGCACUACUCAAAAGACAGAUGGAGAAGGCUGCAACUCCCUCAACAAAGAGUCGAAUCGCAUAUCAGGGCGUUGUCAUUGCUGCACUUGGAGAUGGACUUCUCCUAUUUGCACUUAUUGCUCUGCUCAUGAUCGACGAAGCAGCGUUCCUUACCAUAGCGUCGGCUGCUUUUCUCGCCUGUAUUCAUGUCGCAUUUCUUGAAGUCAAGUUUGUGUUUGACAUUUGGACUGUUCAAGUCGGUGAUCCUGCACGUGCCGAGCAGGAGCGACAAAGAAGGGCACAACAAGCUGCAGUUCCAGCUCCUGCUACAGCAACUGGUACAGCUGCUGGCACCACAACUUUAUCUACACCCCCUCCAGCAACCACAAUCCAACUUCCUGGGAGCUUACCCCUACCAGUGACCGCACCCCAACCUGAAGGUGCAAAUCCCAUCAUCAUCCCUUCAGACCAGGGUAGUCCACUUCAGGCCGAAAUACCCAGUACCCGUGCAUCAUUCGCUGCCAUCUACAGCAGAUUCUAUUUCUCUCUCGUCGUUCUCAUGUUCUUUUCCCUGUGGGCAUUGUCUUGGCCCCGUCCAUUGAGAUCUGCCUACACCAAUGUACUCAUCUUCGCCUACUUCUCCUUCUGGUGGCCACAGAUUUAUCGCAAUACUAUGCGGAACUGUCGCAAAGCAUUGACGUGGGAAUAUGUUAUUGGGUCUAGCCUAUUACGAGCCAUACCAGUCUUGUAUUGGUAUUUUGCGGAUCACAACAUCUUGUCCACAGAUACCAGUCCAAGUACCGCUUUCAUCCUAUUGGGGUGGCUCUGGCUUCAGGCUUCCAUUCUACUCAGCCAACAGUUUCUUGGUCCUCGCCUCCUCGUUCGUGAGUCUUGGUGCCCACCAGCUUAUGACUACCACCCAGUUCUUCGGGAAGAUGACGUGGAAGCUGGUGGUAUGUCGAUUGGGUUGCUUGCAUCCGCAUCGGAGGCCAAGGACAAGGAUGACAAGACCCGCAAAGUUUUCGAUUGUGCCAUCUGCAUGAACGAGAUUGACGUACCAGUCUUGGCUAAGUCCGACGGUUCUGGGGGAGGGAUUGGUAGAGGAACAGGUGCUACAUGGCUUGAGCAAAGGAAUUAUAUGGUCACACCCUGCCGGCAUAUCUUCCAUGCCGACUGUUUGGAAGGAUGGAUGAAUCUGAGGCUUGUUUGCCCCGUCUGCAGGGAAGCAUUGCCACCGCUUUAA